AUGGCUGCGCACACGGGUCGCAACGACUUUACGUCCGCCGAUGACAACCUACUUAUGCAAUACAUUGCAAAGUACCGACCAGAACCUGCAGGCCGACUAGGAAACGCACUCUACAAAACACUAGUCGAAAACGCAGAACGCAAAUGGUCGUGGUCCAGAAGACAUACCUGGCAGUCAUGGCGCGAACGGUACAAGAAACACCAAGCCGAGUUUGACAGACGGAUUUUGAAACACCAGCAAAAGUUGGCGGAAAAGGGACAGGCCAAGUAUGCAGAAGAGGAGCAGGCUGAGAUGGGGCUGAAGCGGAAAGCGAGAGACGAACCCCAGGCUUCGACACACGAGAAGAAACGGCAGAAAACUGGGACGUUGGCGCAGAGUAAUGGGGGCAUUGGUGGCGCGGUGAAUAAGGAGUGUCCAGCGAAAGAGAAGCCCAAGGAAAAGUCGCAAGCGCCUCCUCCACAGUCAAAAGGCCAGGAUGCGGACAACGAAGGACAGCAGAACCAGGCUAUACCAGGCGAUUUUCCAGAGGAACCCAUGCCGGACGAGAACAACGCGCCUGCCGACCAAAAUCCUGUGGCUUCAAUCUACCCCGACCUGAAUACGGCGCCUUCCCCAGGACUGUCUCGCCCCGCCGAUCCCCCGCCAAGCGGAUUUUCAACAUCCACGCCCCGACCCAACGGCAACGCACCUACUCCUCCCGACUCUGCCACCAAGAAACCGACUUCCGAAGUGCCGAAAGCAGCUGAUCCCGUGCCCGCAAAGCCCUCGCAGGCGCCCAAACCCAAACCGAAGAAGAGGCGGUCGUCGAUUCAUGAGGAUCCCUUCGUGUCUGGCUCGUCCUCGGACCACGACAACGCACCCCCGCCACCCCUGCAACGGCCAUCUGUCCGACGCCAGCCUCCUGUGUAUAAGGAAGGCGCGUUCAGGACCACCAUUCAGCAGUCUAGGCCCUGGCCUCCUGUUCGUAAACACCACCAUAGUCGACCAAAGCCCUCGAAUGUGCAGGAACCGCGGGAACAAGAGCAACAGACUGAGGUCCCUCCGCCACCCAAGGACAGGGUGGUCCAGGAACAACCACACCCCCCGCCGCCUGCGCCCGCACGUCGAUCGUCUGGGAACGUCGUUACAUCUGAAGCUUCUUCGUCCAAGGUCAAGCUCCCUCCUGGCCACUACCACUCGCGCGAAGAAGUUCUCGAUGCGGUUGAACUCCCGCCCAAUGGCGCGGCGGGUGGCACCACUGAACCGCAUCAACCUGUCAAUAGCGAGCUUUUGAACGCCCCGCCCAAGGAGAACUUCCUCGCCGCCCCCGCUCCUCCUGCUACCAUCCACCGGACUCGCUUAGACGACGAUCCUCCGCGAUCAAUAUCCGAUAGCCUCAGGCGUCGUCGACCUGCUGCCCCUUCAAAACCCGCUGAAUCCAGGGUCGAGUCGGUCGUUAUCACCGGUGCCUCUGUCACCCUCGUCAACGAUUCCGGGGAGCUGGAUGACAGGCCCAUCCAACUGGACGAUGUCUUCAGCGAUGUCCGACCGCCUCCCCGCUCGCCGCUGGUGUAUACCAUGCAAGCUCCCCCGCCUCGGAUCGAUUUGCACAAGACGCUUGCGAUGCAGAGGUUGCGGAAGCGCACGCGCACGCGUACUCGGUCGAGUGCUUCUAGUAAUAGCAAUAAGGCGCCGAGUGUCCUCUCGAGGACGUCGUCUAGAGCUUCGAUUGCCAAAGGCAAGGCUGUUGUAGCGCCGCAUAAAACCGCUACCACCUGCACGACUACCCCAGCUUCCCCUCAUUCGGAUGCGCAGCUACUACAGAUGGCGGGCAGGCAGGUGCUGUUGGCGUUGGCGAAGCGGUAUGGUGUGACAGAGGAUACGGUGUUCAAGGCGUACAAGAGGCUGAAGGAUUUGGAGAAGCUGAAUGAGUACCUUGCCGAAUUGCAGAAGCAGACUGAGGCUGCUGGGGAGGCGUUGAUGAAUUCGAUGAUUGCGGAGGAGGGAGGGGAGGGGGAAGAAGGAGGGGGUGGGGGAGGGGCAGGGGCAGGGCACUAUGGAGUAGGAGGAGGGGGAGAGCAAGAUACAUCGGUCUUCGACCUCGCUCGUGUUCACCCGCCUGGGAGUGGCCCCGCCAGUUCGCGAACGACGCCGAGCGACCUUGUGGAUCUUAGGCAAGUGAACAAGGGGCGGCAUAGUUUGGCUACGCACGGAGCUGGACAUGGACAUGGACGUGGGCUGGGUCAGGGGCGGCGCUCUAGCUCGGGUACACAGGCUCGUUCGGGUGCACGGGCUAGUUUCGGGGGUGCUCAAGGCCAUGCCCGCCGACGAUCAAGCGUCAAACCGAUGUUGGAUAUAAGGCCUGUGCAUGAGUUGCCGCCUACGCCUUAUGAGCCGCCAAGGUCGACGAGGGCGGGGAGGUAUAGGCGGUCGCUUAGGGGUGCGGUGCCGGGUGAGUUGGAGAUGGAGGCGCUGACGUUGAUGAAUUUGAUGGUUGCGGAGGAGGAAGGGGAAGGUGAGGAGAGCAGUGGAGAGGGGGAUGAGGGUGAGGGUGGUGAAGCGGCUGGAGGACGGGUCGAUGUUGAAGAGCGUGGUGAAGUCGAUAGACGAAAAGAGGGCCAAGGCGAGAGAUCCCGUGUUGGGCUGAACGAUUUAAUAGCAAUGGUGCGAGGGAUGCAGCGGCCUCCGCGUCUACCGCAGCUGCAGAACAUGCUUUCUCCGCCGCGUUUGUUGGAUCUCAAGAAGGCGGGUUCAAAGUCUCCGGGGUCCGACAAGAAGGCAUCGGUACAUUCAGCUGGUUCUACGACUACGAAGGAGCGUACACGAACCACGACUACUACUACGGAUCGCGCGAGAAACUCUACUACGAGGGACCACACGAACUCUGCGACGAAUGGGAAGGACCGCAUAAGAACCUCGAGAAACUCGGUGGUGAUGGCUUCGUCGCCUGGAGAGGAGAGGGAGGACUCGCCUUCGCCUGCUGAUAGGCGACGAUCGAGGUCGAGGUCGAGAAGGUCUUCGGAGGAGGUGUUGGGGGUGCUGAGUCCGGAUGUGGGGAUUCCUGAAUCUGAUGACGAUGAGGAUGAUGGUGGUGAGGGAGGUGAGGAUGAGGACGGUGGUGACGAAGAUGGAGACGAAGAAGAUAGGGAAGUGGCUGGUGGAGAAGAAGAUGUAGAUGAAGAAGGUGGGGAAGAGGGCGGGGAAGUUGGAGAGGAAGAUGGGGGUGGUGAAUAUGGAAGUGGAGAUGGGGGAGAAGAGAUGGUGGUGGAUGGAGAGGAGUAUCAGGAUCAGGAUCAGCAUCGGGAGGGAGGUGACUUUGAUGAUGAACGUGGUGACGAGGAGGGUGGUGAUGAAGACCCGGAGGGGCAAGGAGAUGAGGUUGAUCAUAAUCCGGAUCCGGGCGAAGAUGGCUACGAGAUCGAUGGAGAUCAGGGCGGAGGCGAUUAUGAGGUUGACGAAGAUCAGGGCGGAGACGAUUAUGAGGACGGAGAAGUGGAUCAAGAAGGUGGUGAGCUUGCAGGGGAGGAAGAUCAGGCAGAGGAUGAUGAGCUCGGUUAUCCGGAUCAUCCGGAUGAAGAGGGGGAAUUACAGUACCCGGAGGAUCAACAGGCAAGCAGCGACGACGAUGUCUACGCCAACGCUAUCGACCAGGAUAGCGCCUCAGACCAAGACGCUAGCGAUGAUGAUGACGAAGACGAGCAGCAGUCAGAACCCUCUGUAUCAGACGAAGAAGACCAGCUCCAACCAUCCUCAUCCGACGGGGAAGACGAUGAGGACGCCAUGGACGUUGAGCGACUCUUAUCCUCCCCCGAACGGACAUUCGAUCCCCGCGAUCCCUAUGAACAGGCGGUGCAAAAGUGGUCACUACGCCAUGACGAAUUGGCGAGCAAGGUUACGGAGGAGAAUGUAAAGGAGUUUCGGGCGUUUGAGAAGGAGGUGAUGAAGGAGUUUGGGGGUGAUGAGGAUGUGAUGAGGGUGCUUGGUGUUUUGUAUGCGAGGAAGUUGCUUGAUGAGCAGGAUGGGGGAGGUGAUGACGAGUGA